AAUAGACUAUUGACCUAGUUUUUUGUAGUACGAGACAUGUUGCAUAUUUCGAUUUUUAUAUUGUCAUUUAUAGACACUAAUUGAAGUAUUAAUUUUGUUUAAUAAAUUUAAAUGAUUUCUAUAUUAAUUUGAAACGAUUGGAAUAAAUGAAAAAUGAGUACAGCAAAAGUAACUUUGGAAACAUUCAACCCAGAUAAGAAGACUGAUGUAGAACAGCUUGACCCAGUUUUAGAAAUUAACGAGAAUGUUGCAAGUCAAUUAUUUGAUCGACCAACAGAAGAAGGCGAAUUCGAAGAAUUACCGCCUAAAAUUUUCGGAUUCAAGGAUGUACAGGAACCUUUAACUAUAGAAUCAUUGAACAAUGCUAUAUACGAACUCGGUAUUAUUAAUUUAUGUUGGCCGGAAAUUAAAGAACCAGUAUUUGAGACACGCACCUGUUUUCCUAUUAGUUAUUAUACAAAUACGAAUAAAGAAAGACUUCUUCUGGCGUACGCUGAAAAUUUUAGAAGACAGUUUCUAUUUCACUACAAAAUGAGAAAACCUUUGUUUUUGCAAGCUGUAAAUGAAUGCGGGUUAGAGAAAAUGGUUUGUACCUCCAUCCGCCCUACAAAGCUGUGUUUCGCUGACACGACAAAUUGGCAAGGAAUUUCUGCGUUACUAUCAGAUUUUUUCGACUACGAACCUCUUAAAAAACCCAUGUUACAUCCCGAACGGCUCAUGUCUCCGUACACCGCCAUAAUCAGACGCAGCGGUAAUCCCUUUGAGUUGGCACACGUUCUGGUCUCCUGGCUGAUUGGAGCUGGGUAUGACGCGUAUGUGGUGGUGGGGAACGCGUCCCGUGACGUUUGCAUGGCGAUACGAUAUCGCACGGUUUGUCCAGAACUACCCGACGAGACUGAGGUAAUCGAGGAACCUCCUCCUCCAGAGGAAGAACCUCGCUACCGCUUGGUGCCGCUGCCGGACCUCACUUCCAAAUAUUGCAAAGAAAUGGAUCGUAAGGAAGAGGAGAGGAUACAGGGCGAACAAGACAAGAUAGAAAAAGAAAGAUUGAGAAAAAUUGCGGAGCUGGAGAAACCUCCGCCUGAUGAUAUUCAUAGCUGGCGGACUCAUGCCUGGGUCCUCGUGCUCGGUGGCUUUCGAGGAGUUGAGGAACCCUUCUUCAUAGAGCCCAGUGAUGGAAACCGCUUCCCGCUGGAUGCUGAACAGUACCAAUACAUUGACAACGUUUAUAAUCACGAGAAUUAUUACGUAAAUCUGCAAUCUUGUGAUGAAGGUCUAGGUUCCUUAAACUAUGAUCUAUCUGAUCUCACGUGUUGGGAACAUCUGCUGGCUGGUGAGCCUUAUUACAGGAGGCAACUCGUCGGCAUUGACUGUUCUGAUAAAAGAACCGCCGUUGACACUGAGAAACACCUCGACGUGCCCACCAGUUGGGUUGAGAAGCUAGACAUAACCGCUGAUGAGUAUGAACAAAGAUAUCCCGGGAGCCACAAAGUGAUACAUUAUAAGAAAGUUUUGUUAGAAAAGUUCUCUCCAUAUUCACAGAAAGAUGGCAUCAUCAAAAGAAUAAAGAUAUUUGAAGAUUACGCUCUAACUUCACCACUUUUGACAUAUGAAUGGUACAAGAACAGAGCGGAUAAAAUGGACACGGUCAAAAUAGAUCACGUGAAGAAAGAGAUUCGUGAAAAUUUUUUGAUCGGCAGAAAAGACCAUCUGUUGAAGCACGUAUACGCUAUCGACGCGCCAGCCACGUCUGUGGAAGGCACUCGCAUGAUGCAGUUCAACUAUUAUGCAAGACUGGACCACCUCGAGCGUCUUGAGUGCGAUGCCUUAAACUUUAACGAAUAUUACACGGAUAGGGGGGACAGGCUUGAAACAAGAUUUAUAACAUACACAGAAGGCACAAAACUGGAGCCGACACGGCAGGUUAAGGAUAUAACGGAGACUUACAGCCGUAAUCCUGAUGUACCAGCCAAAGACGACAUCUGGAAAAGAAUCUUCCACAUUCAAAACAACACCAUAGAACUGCUCUACCACUACGCAUAUAAUUUUGUGACGAACAACACACGAAGCUUCAUUAAACCAAAUCUAGCUGAGACCGGCGGGAAAAUACUAUUCUAUCCAGACAAGACUUCCGGUUACAUUGCUGAUGCAUGCGCAAACCAGCCUCGUCCGCUUCACGUGUACUACGCUCUAUGCGACAACAUGGAGUCGGAACACCAUUCCCGUAAACACAUCAGAGACCGCGAGUCUGAUGUCACGGAAUACUUGAAACAGAGACUAAAAGAACUCACUGAACCCGUGCUGUUUGUGUCGCUGUUUGAUACGGAGAGAAAUGACGCCGCUAAGAAAGGUUGGAGGGAACAGGAAACGCAAAAAGCGGAAGUAACGGAACGCGAGAAGGAAGCUGAGAUAGAUCCUCUAGCUCCAUAUCUUGCUCGGAUGUUUGGAUCAGGUCGAGGACGAGGGUUGUUGUCCAUCAAGGAGGCAGCUCUGGUCAGGGACCAGUGCAUCAACGACUUCCGGGCCAAGCAACUCGCGAGACAGAACCUCGUGCAAGAGAGAUUUGAUAAGUUGAACGCCGAAUAUAAGAAUAAAAGACUUUGGUAUUUGGCGAACCAGUUUAUUCUGACACCUGAAAAGGAGAGCGCUUAUUUCGCUGCGAGCGCGGAACUGGUAUUCCGAGUUCAUACUUUGGAAGUGCGUCUGACAAGACAUAAGGACCUAUCGGCUCCGAGAUUCAAAGUUCUUGAAGAUUAUUUAGAUAAGCAUCCCUUGCUCAAGGAGUACAAUCGUGUGCGGCAUCAUUACAAAAUUAAAUAGUUUUAUAUUAUACAUACAUAGAUAUAUUGCAUUUUCGUUAUUUGUUGUUGAAUUCAAUGUUUGUUACUGGAAAUAAUAUUAAAACUAUGUAGUAUGCA